AUGGCUUGUAUAAACUGCAAGAAUUGUGAUUUUUCUUUAGCUUCAUCGCCGUCGACGGUGAUGAUUCCUGCCGGAGAAGACGAGGAGACCGUCGACGAGUUUCCUUUCCAGAGGCUUUUCCCGGUUUACGCUAAAGGAGCUCUCAAGCCCGAACCGGUUUUGUUGGAUUUUAUCAAUUCUGGUUAUGACCCAAUUUGGGAGGCUAUAAGAGAAGAAGCUAAGCUUGAGGCAGAAAAGGAACCGAUUUUGAGUAGCUUCUUGUAUGCUAGUAUCUUGUCACAUGACUGUUUAGAGCAAGCAUUGGGUUUUGUUCUUGCUAACCGUCUCCAAAGCCCUACCUUGUUAGCAACUCAACUCAUGGAUAUAUUUUGCAAUGUUAUAGUACAUGACAGAUGUAUUCAAAGCUCGAUUCGCCUUGAUCUUCAGGCAUUCAAAGACAGAGAUCCUGCUUGUCUAUCGUAUAGUUCAGCUAUUUUACAUCUGAAGGGAUAUCUUGCACUGCAGGCGUAUAGAGUUGCACAUAACUUGUGGAAGCAAGGAAGACAACUAUUAGCAUUGGCAUUGCAAAGCCGAGUAAGCGAGGUUUUUGGAAUCGAUAUUCACCCGGCUGCAAGAAUUGGGAAGGGGAUACUGUUGGAUCAUGGAACCGGUGUAGUCAUAGGUGAGACUGCUGUGAUAGGUGACAAUGUCUCAAUUUUGCAUGGUGUGACAUUAGGAGGGACUGGGAAGAAAACCGGUGACCGACAUCCAAAUAUAGGCGAUGGUGCUCUUCUUGGAGCAUGUGUGACUAUACUCGGUAGCAUUAGGAUAGGCACAGGAGCGAUGGUAGCUGCCGGUUCUCUUGUGUUAAAGGACGUUCCUUCGUAUAGCAUGGUGGCUGGAAACCCGGCAAAACUGAUUGGAUUUGUCGAUGAGCAAGAUCCGUCUUUGACAAUUGAACAUGAUGCUACCACAGAGUUCUUUCGAAAUGUAGCUGUUGCUUACAGAGAGACAAUACCAAAUGGAGUUGCAGAGAAAGGAGACAUUAAAAAGAGAAUAUGA